AGCAAAUCUCCCUGAGAGCGGGACCGACCUCAGCUCCAACUCAGCCUCCACUGUGAUUAAAAAUAAAAAUUGCUAGAGCAGCCCUCACUCACCGCAUAUACUUUGUAUGUAUUGCAGAAGGGCCCACGCGUGUUUAGAACUCUAGCCGCCUUCCUCAUUUUUUGUUCUUAAAAUAUUUUUUUGGUUGUGUUUGACUUUUCAUGGAAGGGUGAAGACUACAACGUUUCUAACUCAAUACUCUUGAUUUCUUUUAGGAUAGCUGGCUAUUUGGAAUUUGAAGGAUAUUUGACUUUUUCUAACCUCCCAUGAGGCUGUAAGUUCCACUGCUCCAUUCCCACCCACCAAGGACUCUGAACCUGUCCACCCCCGGCGCAUCAAGAUCUUCCAGCUGGGGACCCCCGAUUUCGGCCGACUUUGCACCUCCAAACAACCUUAGCAUGAUGUCUUAUCUUAAGCAACCGCCUUACGCAGUCAAUGGGCUGAGUCUGACCACUUCGGGUAUGGACUUGCUGCACCCCUCUGUGGGCUACCCGGCCACCCCCCGGAAACAGCGCCGGGAGAGGACGACAUUCACUCGGGCGCAGCUAGACGUGCUGGAAGCACUGUUUGCCAAGACCCGGUACCCAGACAUCUUCAUGCGAGAGGAGGUGGCACUGAAAAUCAACUUGCCCGAGUCCAGGGUGCAGGUAUGGUUUAAGAAUCGAAGAGCUAAGUGCCGCCAGCAACAACAACAGCAGCAGAAUGGAGGUCAAAACAAAGUGAGACCUGCCAAAAAGAAGACCUCUCCAGCUCGGGAAGUGAGUUCAGAGAGUGGAACAAGUGGCCAAUUCACUCCCCCCUCUAGCACCUCAGUCCCAACCAUUGCCAGCAGCAGUGCUCCCGUGUCUAUCUGGAGCCCAGCUUCCAUCUCCCCACUGUCAGAUCCCUUGUCCACCUCCUCUUCCUGCAUGCAGAGGUCCUAUCCCAUGACCUACACUCAGGCUUCAGGUUAUAGUCAAGGAUAUGCUGGCUCAACUUCCUACUUUGGGGGCAUGGACUGUGGAUCUUAUUUGACCCCUAUGCAUCACCAGCUUCCCGGACCAGGGGCCACACUCAGUCCCAUGGGUACCAAUGCAGUCACCAGCCAUCUCAAUCAGUCCCCAGCUUCUCUUUCCACCCAGGGAUAUGGAGCUUCAAGCUUGGGUUUUAACUCAACCACCGAUUGCUUGGAUUAUAAAGACCAAACUGCCUCCUGGAAGCUUAACUUCAAUGCUGACUGCUUGGAUUAUAAAGAUCAGACAUCCUCGUGGAAAUUCCAGGUUUUGUGAAGACCUGUAGAACCUCUUUUUGUGGGUGAUUUUUAAAUAUACUGGGCUGGACAUUCCAGUUUUAGCCAGGCAUUGGUUAAAAGAGUUAGAUGGGAUGAUGCUCAGACUCAUCUGAUCAAAGUUCCGAGAGGCAUAGAAGGAAAAAAUGAAGGGCCUUAGAGGGGCCUACCAACCAGCAACCUGAAAUGGACAAACCAAUCUACUUAAGAUCCUGUCAUAGUUUUAGAUAAUUGGUUUUCCUGAUUUGCAAAGUAAUCAAAAGCAUUCUAGCCAUGUGCAACCAAACACCACCAAAAAUAAAAUCAAACAAAACUAAGUUGUGAAGGAAGGGAGGGAAGAUCAUAGCCUUCUUAAGCAGAGGUGUUCCAGUGUUUUAGCCAAUCCUUGGUUGAAUCUUAGGAAUGAACAGUGUCUCCAGCUCAUUCACGUUUCAUGACCAACUGGUAGUUGGCACUGAAAAAACUUUUCAGGGCUGUGUGAAUUGUGCGACUGAUUGUCCUAGAUGCACUACUUUAUUUAAAAAAUAAUGUUCAUAAGGAGUCCAUAUGUAGUUUAAGAGACAAUCAGUGUGUGUCUUAUAAAUGGUACAUCUGUGGUUUUUAAUCUGUGCUAGACUUCAAAACUGUGAUCUCCUGUUAUUGUAUGCAACCUUGAACUCCGCCUCUGCAGGGGUUCUUCUGUGAUUAAAUAGGUUAUAAUUAUAAGCAAAAUUCAGAGCAACUGAGUACUGAUCAAAAAAGAUUACCUUUGGCUGGAGGUGAGCUGCACUGAAACUUUACGACAAAAUGUCUCUGGACAAGGAGAGUGAGAGAAGAGAAGCAAAAGGACACUAAUUCAUCUGUAAUUUACUGUUGGUAAGCCUAGCAGUAAAGAGACAUUGGUCAAUUGCCCUGACCCUGAUGGAUUAUUAAACUGAGAUCAUUGUCGUUUAUGCUUGCAGAUGUUAACUGGAAAAGUUAUAUAUGCAUAAACCUUUUCUUCCUGGAUUUGGCAGAUAUGUAUAAUUAUAUUAAAAUGGUUCUAGCACAACAUUGGGUCCAGUUUAAUUUUACACUACUGUUUACAAAUGAGAAGCCAACAUUCAGCCUCUCCUUCCCAAAACACAUUUUUCUUAGGGCAGAGAGGAAAUUAACAAACUUAUUUUUACUUUUUUUUUUUCUUGGCUAAUCUAUGGAUAAACUAGAUAUGAAUGACAGUGGCAUGUAGACUGUUUGUGACUUUCAUCAGGAUUGCUCUGAAAUUGAGUUUGGAGAGCCUAGCAAUCAAUAGGAUCUCGUUCUUUCUUUUCCCUCCCUGCCGCAAACCUGAACGAUUUCUUAGGCACUUUAUUAGUAUGUUUUAAAAUAGAUCAAAUUUUUAAGAGGGAGGAGGAGAAUUGGAGUAUCUCUGAAAACAUGAGAAUGACAAGAAUUUCUUGUUUCUAUUCUCUUGAUUUGGUUAAGGGGAUCUUUUUUCUAACUUCCAAAAAAUCUGAGGUAAACAUGAGAGGGAGUGUAAUCAGAAUCUGAAAGCAAUUCAGGCAGAAAUGAUUUCUGAACAAAAGAGUUUCAGAAAAGUUUUAAAACCUAUAAUUUCAGUAGCUGAACAUAAGGCACCCUGGUCAGUUUUUUUUUGUAUGUGUGUGUUUAAGAAAGUGCCGAAGGGGAAAAAAAAUGGGUCCCUUUUCAGUUGUACCUGCAUUUUGUAAACCAGUCACCAGAAAAGACAAGUGGGCCAAUGAUCACGGUGCUCCUCAGGUAAAAGCAAUAUUUAAUUUCAUUUUAAGCUUCUUAAGCUCUUAUAUUUGACCAAAAUUAAGUGACUCUUGAUUGUAACGUUUUAAAUGAAGGUUAGCAGUUGCAACCA